CUGUUCUCUCCGGUUGAACCUCGGACGGAAUCUUCUUAUUUAAGGAUAACGGGAAUGGUAUUACAGACCACAGACAUGGCUUUCUUCCCCCUCCGUGCCCUAACUCUCUUUUCUCUUUUUGUUCUUUUCCUUACCAGCGUUGUGGAUGCGACUCCUGCUGUGAAGCGAUAUAGCCGCACUUCUGCGCCAAGCGGUGCUGUUGUCGUGAGAGGCAGUGGAACCAAGUCCGGAGAGUACAGCACGGUGCAAGCGGCAGUGGACUCACUUCCUGACGAUGGGACCGAGCAGGUUAUUUUCAUUUAUGCAGACAAAGUCAAGACUGACAUACCUUAUUUAGGCACCUACUCUGAACAGGUCUACAUUGAUCGGGAUGGCCAGACGACUAUCAUGGGCCAAACUUCGGAUACCAGCAGCUACACCGGCAAUACCGUUACGAUCACUCAUUCGAGCUCUCUUGGCACUGCAGGCACCGAUGAUUUGACCGGGACCCUACGUGUACACAAAGACGACUUUGCGCUAUACAACGUCAAUGUGAAAAACACGUUCGGACAAGCGAGCACUAACGGUCAGGCGCUGGCUUUAAGUGCAUAUGGAACGAACCAAGGCUAUUACGGCAUGGGCUUCUACAGUUAUCAAGACACAGUGCUCGCCGAAAUUGGUAACCAAUUCUACGGUUCCUGUUACAUUGAGGGAGCCGUCGAUUAUAUUUUCGGUCAAUACGCACGGGCGUACUUCCACAAGAACAUGAUUGCUUCCAUAGGCGCUGGAGCGAUCACUGCUAACGGACGCUCAUCAUCGUCCGGAGUAAGUCUGUUUGUCAUCAACAAAGCAACUAUCACCACUAGCAGUUCUGCGACAACAUCUCUCCAAGGUAAGGUGUACCUUGGACGCCCAUGGGAAGACUAUGCUCGGGUCGUUUACACAUCCUGCUCGCUCGGAAAUCUGAUCAACAGUGCUGGUUGGGAACAGUGGUCAAGCAGCUCACCCAAUACUGAUCAUGUUACCUUUGCUGAAUACGAAAGUAUUGGAUCCGGGGCUUCUGGCACUCGUGCGUCGUUUGCAACAACGCUUACUUCAACCAGCGGCUACACGAUAUCGGAUGUUUUGGGUAGUGACUAUGCUGAUUGGGUGGAUAGUGAUUACCUUUAACUUUUAACUAUUUAUGUUUAGUACUAUGGUUCAUCAGGUAUUUGUGAGAGUGAACGUCAAAUACACGUACUUGAAAUAGCUGGA